UAUAUAUAUAUUUGUACAUUGGGGUCUCUGCACAGCUGCCAACGAAACAGAAAAACCUGAAACAAUGGACGACCAAAACGACGGCAUCGUGACUCCCAGCUUGGAUUUCCAGCGCCUCAGAGUGAUCUCGGCGCUGGGGCGCGGGGCCAAGGGCGUGGUGUUUCUGGUGGAGGACGAGGAGGCGGCGGAGUUCAUGGCGUUGAAGGUGAUUUCCAAAGACUUGAUCGAGAGGCGGAGCAAGGAGCCGAAGAGCGACGGCAGCGAGUACCGAAGAGUCUGCUUCGAGCAGCAAGUGCUGCGUCGUUUCAACCAUCCGCUUCUCCCCAAACUGCGUGGCGUUUUGGACACUGAGAAGCUCGUCGGCUACGCCAUUGAUUACUGCCCCGGCCGCGAUCUCAAUUGCCUCAGAAAACGACAAACCGAGCGGAUGUUCUCGGAUGAUGUCAUCAGAUUUUACGCGGCGGAAUUGGUUCUGGUGUUGGAGUAUUUGCAUGGAUUGGGAGUGGUUUACAGAGAUUUGAAGCCGGAGAACAUUAUGAUCCAAGAAAACGGCCACAUUAUGCUCGUCGAUUUCGAUCUCUCCACCAAGCUCUCGCCGAUGAAGAAUGCUCAAUCGGUUCGGAUCAGUUCAAACUCCACAGCUGAAUCCAGCGCGGUCCAGAAGAAGCGAUGCUCCCUAUUCCAACGGUUCUGCAACAAGGGGAUUUCGCCGGACGACUCUGUCUCGCCCGCCGAAAGCAGUUUAAACUCGGGCAAACCCGGUUCGGACUCCUCUGAGAAGUCGAACUCGUUCGUCGGAACGGAGGAGUACGUGGCUCCCGAAAUCGUUUCUGGCAGCGGCCACGAUUUCGGCGUCGAUUGGUGGUCCCUUGGGGUGCUUCUUUAUGAGAUGUUAUACGGUGCGACGCCGUUUAGGGGGUCCAAUAGAAAAGAGACGUUUUAUCGGAUACUUACGAAGGAACCUGAGCUGACAGGUGAAACGACGGCGUUGAGGGACUUGAUUUCGAAGUUGCUGGAGAAGGAUCCGAAACAGAGAAUCGGGCCGGGUGAAAUCAAGGGCCACGAUUACUUUAGAGGGGUCGAGUGGGAUUUGAUUUUGCGAGUCUCGAGGCCGCCGUACAUUCCCGAAAUUGCGACUGACGGUACGGAUGGAAUUAACAAAAAUAUUGACAUGGAGACGGUUGUGCAAGGAAUAUUCGGAGGUGCAGAUGGUGGGGCGAAUAAAGGGAAUGAGAAUGAUGAGAAUAAGAAUAAUAAUGAGAAGCAAAAUGUAAAUAGAAGAGAAUGGGUGGAGGGAUUGAAUCACAACCCCACCCAAGAAAAUGCAUUUUUGGUUUUCUAACUAAUUUUUUUUUUUUUUGUAAUUGAGGGGCAUCAUUAGCUUGUUUAUGUUAUUUAAACCUUAAUUAACUGUAAUAAUUUUGAGUUAUUUUUUUAUUAUAUUGGGCAAAAGCGUUUCUCUUUGCACGCAA